GUUACACCAGUAAUGCUGCUCUCCUCUGUAGCAGCUCCCUCAUCACGGGUUUUCACCGGUCAACUCUUCACUGUAGUUUCUCUGAGCCGCUUCACAGCUGAGUGACAGUGACCGUAUCUACGUGUCUCUGUGUCGUUGGAGGAAAACUUUCCAAAAUGCAGUCAAGGCCCUGAGAAUGAGAGACUGUGUGUUUGUUGUGUGACUCAGCCCGUGUCUAGCCAUGGAGAAGCCCUGGAGGCUGUGGGGGGCAGUGGAGCGUUGUACCCUCGCCCUGGUCUCCUGGUCCUGGGGGGCCUGUCGAGUCUCCCUGUUGGCCCUCAUCCUCACCUUCCACCUGUACGGAGGAUUUUUCCUCCUCGCUCUCAUCCUGGCCUCAGUCGCAGGCAUCCUCUACAAAUUUCAGGAUGUGCUCCUCUACUUCCCUGACCAGCCCUCCUCCUCUCGUCUCUAUGUCCCCAUGCCCACCGGAAUCCCACAUGAGAAUGUCCACGUCCGCACCAAGGACGGUGUGAAGCUCAACCUCAUCCUGCUUCGUUACACUGGAGGGGACACGCCCCCUGGAGUCACCUCUGGUAAUCCAAACAGCCCAACAUCCUCUGCUCCACCUACCAUCCUUUAUUUCCAUGGCAAUGCUGGCAAUAUUGGUCACAGGGUGCCAAAUGCCCUGCUGAUGCUGGUCAAUCUGAAAGCCAAUGUAGUGCUGGUGGACUAUCGUGGCUAUGGAAAGAGUGAGGGUGAGCCCAGUGAGGAUGGGCUGUACCUGGAUGCGGAGGCCACACUGGACUAUGUCAUGACCCGUCCUGAUCUGGACAAGACAAAGGUGGUACUCUUUGGCCGCUCCCUAGGAGGCGCUGUGGCCGUGCGCUUGGCAUCAGCCAACCCACACCGGGUAGCAGCCGUUAUUGUUGAAAACACCUUCCUCAGCAUUCCCCACAUGGCAGCGACGCUCUUCUCCUUCAUACCUAUGCGCUUGCUGCCUCUGUGGUGCUAUAGGAAUCAGUUCCUGUCCUAUCGACAGGUGGCGCUGUGCCGCAUGCCCUCGCUGUUUGUGUCUGGCCUGUCAGACCAGCUCAUCCCACCAGUUAUGAUGAAACAACUGUAUGAGCUGUCUCCUGCACGGACUAAACGCCUGGCCAUCUUUCCAGAGGGAACGCACAACGACACGUGGCAGUGUCAGGGCUACUUCGCUAGUCUGGAGCAAUUCAUGAAAGACCUGCUGAAGAGCCACGCCCACGAGGAGAGUAAUCAGACCUCAGCGAGCGUCACCAUCAUCUGAAAAACCAUCUGUCGGAGAGGGACUGCCGACUUCUACCUAGGGGCUGGAUGAAGUCACAAACUGGAUUCGACGGACUUAAUUGAUUUUGGAAAGAAUGUACAUUUUCUAUGCUUUUUCUGGGUUUUUAUUUAAUCUUACUCUUUCUGUGAUUUUACCUUUUGUCAAAAUGUCUAUUUUGACUAUUUCAAGGAUUUUUGAGCGGGUAACAAACCCUCAAGGGAUCUUUUGUGUUGCCGCUAUGAAUGCAUGUUUUUAUGACAUUUCAUGAAUGACUCCAGCACAUACACCCACACGGCAAGACAUGUCACAACCACAGAAGAAUCAGCUGUAAUGGGUCGGGCAGAAAUGAAUAAAAAUGUAACGGUUUAAUGACCACGUUUCAGAGAAAAUUGAUUACUACUUGAAAUUAACUCUUCUUCUAGUAUACAGUAUCAGACACUGAUAACAUGUAGGCCUAUACUGUAUAUAUACAGUACACUCAUAUUAAAUCUGUUAAUAUUUUGCACUUUUGGGACCUUUUUGUUAAGAUUUUUGUGUUGAAGUGUUCGCAAACAACAGCAAUACUUGGAGGCGCAUAAGGAUCUUUGUUUUUUUUCUCUACCCUUUGGGGCUAGGAGUACUUGCAGCAGCUUGGCAUGUCAUGACAGUGUGGUGAUUAAUAUUAAUAUAUUUGAUUGGAAAUAUUGUCAGAUACCGCAGCUUAACAAUAUUGAGUAAAUAUUCAGUCAGGAAAAGAGCACUGACUGAGAUGAAGUGCUCAGAAAGAUUAGAUGACAAUGCUUCAUACUUCCGCCUUUAAAAAUAUGUUCCUCGGAUCUUGUUUCCUGUCAAACUGCUGCUGCUUCAGUGUGUUUGGAAGAAGCUACAAGAGAUUCUCCUUGUUACUGUGUCCUUUUAAAACAACAACUCUCAAACAAUGAGUUUACCAUCAAAUGGCCUCCAGUUGCUUUGGAGAAACUUUGGAUCUUGUAAUGUGGAGCAAUUGCUCCAUGUGUGGUUUGUUAUUAAAGAAUGGGUUCAGAUUUCUUUAAGUCUAAUACAAUCCAAUAAUGUCUUUAUGAACACCAAACGAGUUGAAGAUUGAAACUGAUACUGAUUCUCCUAAUACCUCAUUUAAUGCAGAAACACAUUAUUCUAAGGUUCUGCAGUAACUAAGAUGAGUCUUUGGCCGACUCACACAGAGUUGGUCUUUUUUAGGGUAACGUCUAAUUAGUAGAAAAUCCUAUCAAAGUGUUUCCAUCAUCCUGUUAAGUGUGAUAAUCUUCUUAUCCAGGUCCAAACCUUCAGGUCGCAAGCAAACAACAAAGGCAGAACCUCUGACUUUAUUCAGAUUCAUCACUCAUCAUUCAGGCAUUUUUUAAUAAACUAAUUUAAUCAACUUCAUUUCACACAGUAAUUGUUUCUAUGUUGCUCAACUAAGUCUAGCUAAAUACCAAUAGCAUACAGGGGGAAAAGACAAACUUAUUUUUUUUCACCUAUACUUUAUCAGUUCCACCAUCGGACAUCCACAAUUAAAGCUAGGAACACAGACAAUACCAGAGCUUGGUCAUGGAAACAGAUACCACACAUUGUCACGAGUGGGACAUGGGCAGGUAACUGGGCUUGAUCAUGUACAAGCUAAUGAUGUACAUAUGCACAACACGAAUACCAUGACUUGGAUAACUAACAAGCACAGACACAUCAACAUAGAAAUACAAAAAUUCCAUAAGGGAAACAUUUCCAAACACAUACUUUUAUCUGUCUAAUACAGAUUUAUGAGGCCUCGUGUUAAGCUUAAGAUUUUUUUUUUAAAUUUGUAUUCAGAAAAAGGGCUGUUGCUAUUGUCCCCUUGUAUAUUUUUCGGACUAGCAAGUGAUUUCCAAACGGCCGUUAGAGACAGUCGGGAUUGGCACAGUGACCGGUUGCUAAACUCAAAAUAACAUAAGCUUGUUUCAAUCAGAUGUUGUAAUAAUUUGUUUAGCGAUGAUCAUCUUUCCCCAUUCUCAGUGUGGAGAAAUGGCUUUACUCACUUGGAGGGCUUCUCAUGAGUUGAUCAACUUUUCUCAAAGGUCUUCCAGGGGACGGAGCAGAGCCGGAUGAUUCAAACACUGUUAUCUGCUCGCUGCACUGCAGUGGUAUCAAAGCCAUUCGAAAACACUAGACUGAUCUCUCCAGCCAUAUUUGAUGCUGUUUUUGUUAACAGUACGCUGAACAAAAUCUCACAUCACCCAAAGGCCAGAUUGUGUCAGAGCGAUUCCAACUGAAAGGGACUGAAGGCUUCUAUGAAUGUAAAUCGUGGUCUUAAAUAACAUAGUGUGCUUUAUAACAAAUUAUUUAUUGAUCGUGUUUCCUCCCUCUCGCGUGACAUUUGACCAGACAUUUUUGUUUUAUAUUACAAAUCCAUAUGCUGACCUGAAUGCAUUCAGUUCAAAUAAUUUUAUCCCAUCACAUGUUGGGGGGGAAUUAAAUUGUGCAACCAUGUGAAUUGACACUCCUUUCGUUUCACAAUUUUUGCUCUAGACACUUCUGCUGUUGCUUGGCGUCUGUGCUAUUUCUUCAUUCAAGGAAAUAAGCGGGGACUUCUCAUGAUUCUCAUUUUUUUUUUUUUUAUUGUUUCAGUGGCUGCUCUGAAGCAAAUGGAAUACAAGAGUCCUUGUUCUAGCCAAAUGUCCAACAUGUGAAAAGAAAUGGACGAAACCUGAAUGUCACUUUUUUCUUUUAAGAAAAUAAUUUGCCAGCUACUGCAGGAAGGGUAGUGUUUUUUUUUUUUAUGUUUAUGUUGUUUUGAACAGAGCAGAUUGAAUUCUGUUGAAAGUGUUGGUUUCCUUUUGAAUGCUGGAAUGCGAUUAAUGUAGAGUCGUGAACAGCGCUGACCUACCUUGUGUACAUUUGCGGUGACUUGCAGUAACUGUACACUGAAGAAAACAAUGACAUCUGAAUGACUCAUCUUUUUCCAUUUUGACUUUGUGUUUCUUUUCUAUCUCCAAACCAAUGUCGACAACUUCUUUUGUAAACACACAUUUUCACUUUCUAUUUUCUGUACUGUAACAUGCAAUAAAUUGAUACAUUGAAA